AGAGCCAGAGCGUCAGUCGUCGGGAUCGCUGAGCGGUGUGCAUCUGGUCAGGCGUCCGCUCGCUGCCCGGAGUCGCGCAGAGUCUCUGGCGAACGCGGAAGCCCGAAGAGCGCAGUCCUCGGGCCCCGUCGGCGCUCAGGCCUCUCCGCGCGCCUCCUCACUCGGCCGGGACGUCGCUGUGGAGGCGUGAGGUGCCGGCGGCCGGGCGCCUGGAGCGGCGCUAGCCCCGCGGCCUGCGGUUCUUCUCCUCCCCCGCCGCCCUCCCACCCGAGCUGCGGCGGGGCUCGGCCGCCUCGGCGCUUCUGCACGAACAAAGGAGGCCUCCGCGGCGCCAGCGCAGCUCCGCCUGCGCUCCGCUCCGCUCCGGCCCGCGGCGGCCGCUAGCCAGCCCUUCCCGGAGGCCUCAGCCCGGCCCACCGCCCGGCGUCGCGCGCCAGCUCGCUAGUGCAUCCGGGCCCCCGCAGGAAGAAAAAUAUGGCUCAGGAGACUAACCAGACCCCAGGGCCCAUGCUGUGUAGUACAGGAUGUGGCUUUUAUGGGAAUCCUAGGACAAAUGGAAUGUGUUCUGUUUGCUACAAAGAACAUCUUCAGAGACAGCAGAAUAGUGGCAGAAUGAGCCCAAUGGGGACAGCUAGUGGUUCCAACAGUCCUACCUCAGAUUCUGCAUCUGUACAGAGAGCAGAUGCUGGUUUAAACAACUGUGAAGGUGCUGCUGGCAGCACAUCUGAAAAAUCAAGAAAUGUGCCUGUGGCUGCCUUGCCUGUAACUCAACAAAUGACAGAAAUGAGCAUUUCAAGAGAGGACAAAAUAACUACCCCGAAAACAGAGGUGUCAGAGCCAGUUGUCACUCAGCCCAGUCCAUCAGUUUCUCAGCCCAGUUCUUCUCAAAGUGAAGAAAAAGCUCCUGAGUUGCCCAAACCAAAGAAGAACAGAUGUUUUAUGUGUAGAAAGAAAGUUGGCCUUACAGGGUUUGACUGCCGAUGUGGAAAUUUGUUUUGUGGACUUCACCGUUACUCUGACAAGCACAACUGUCCAUAUGAUUACAAAGCAGAAGCUGCAGCAAAAAUCAGAAAAGAAAAUCCAGUUGUUGUGGCUGAAAAAAUCCAGAGAAUAUAAAAUUACUACAUGUGAAGAGACUGAAACUUUGUUUUUAUUUUAAUAUAUCGUAGGAAAACAUUAAAGAGCAGAUGCAUGGCCAUUUUCCUUUGAUGUUCUCCAGAGUUUUGCUUUAUACUUGUCUGUCAUAUAAUUGAUCUUUUAGGAUGUUUGGGUGUUUGUUACAGGCAGAAUUGGAUAGAUACAGCCCUACAAAUGUAUAUGCCCUCCCCUCAGUAAAAUUGGACAAAAAUAUGCACAACAAAUUGAAAUACACAUAUACUAGGAACAAAAUUUAGUUCCACGUGCCAAACUAAAGGAAUGAAAUCUCUGCAUGUUUGCAGCAUAUCUGCCUUUUGGGAAUGUAAUCAAGGUAUAAUCUUUGGCUAGUGUUAUGUGCCUGUACUUAAAAAAAAAAAAAUGGUACACCAGAAAAGGACUGGCAGUCUACUACCAUAGUCAAACUUCACCUUAAUUUCGACAUGACUUUUGGAAGCAGGAAGAAAGCUACAAAACUGGUAUUUGGUACCAUGUGUGAGCCUGGUUAAAUUGGUCUUCUAAAAGCUGUCAAUUAGGACAUUCUGCGAAAGGUAACAUCACAACUGGUUCUAAGUCAAACCAUCAAGUCAACAGCAGGGUGCCUGAGAUAAUCUUGGAAGCUUAUUGUGCUGGCCUGCACCAGAAGAUAUCUGCAUUCUCAUUACUAAAAUUGUAGCACAGAACUGCACUAGGAUUUGUUUACAAGGAGAAAUUAAACUCUGUUUGGUUUUCACAUAUAGCAGCUCUGUUAAAUAACAUGCAUCUGAAUUUUAAGUUGCAAAGGUAUCUGAACAGUUAAUUUUUCAUGUGCAUCUUUUGUUGAAUGUUUUGGUUCAAGAAAGAAUGUUUAAAGCUUUUUAAAGACUUCAGUUCUUAAUGUAACUGUACCCUUCUGCAUGGAAAAUCAUAACCAACAUGGCUGCAGUAGACUUCUUUAGUGGUAUCCAGCACCACUUGCAGAGGGCUGCUUUAUCAUAUUGUACUUGGGUGUAGGACUCUAGUGUUCUUGGGUGUAUUGCAUGGGCUGCAUUAUCUACAGCAUUGUACAAUAACAACUAGAAAAGGCGGUAUACUUCACUGAUGCUUGUCUGGUAAUAUCACUUCUGUGUUAAAAUGGAAGGUUUUUUGUGAUGUAUGAAACUUGUGUUUUUUAUAUAUAAAUGAGUAUAGUUAGAUUAGUGUUGUGGUAAUGCCUGUUUUCAUCUGUAAAUAGUUAAGUAUGUACACAACAAGGCACUACUUCUGAUUUUUGCAGUGUUCAGUCCUAGUUUUUCUUUAUUAAAACAUUGAGUUUUGCUUCAAUUUUAUGUACCUUAGUUCUAAGUUAGAUUUGCAGAUGUGUACAGAUAGUUCAUAUUUAUGUAUUGCACAUAAUCAUGCUAUUCAGCAUUGAUGCUAUAUUGUAUUAUGUAAAUAAUAAAAGCAGUGUACAGAGGGAGACUUCUUGUUUAUUGGGUUUUUAAGUCUUAGACACCUAAAUAGGGAAAAUAGGAAAGUUUUCAUAUUCAAAUUUAUUUCAUAUAGCUUUGUAUUGCAGUUGUUUUGCAUGAUCAUUCUUGAGUUCAGUCAUGGGAAUGCCAUGAGCUGGUCAUGAAUCUUAAGUGUGGCAUAUGAUAGGCAAAUUUUGAAGAGUGAGUAGGCACCAUUAAUAUGAAGUGGUCCUAAAAUAUGAAAAAGGAAUGAAAUUUAAAUAAUGCUUUACCCCGCUCCUAUGUUGUGUUUGUCUGGUUAAAUAAUCCUGAAUGAGAAUGUAGGUAGUUUUGUUUUAAACAGCAGCAGUUACUUUAUUCUGUAGGGUUUUGGAUAUGAUGUAGAGAGGAGAAAACCUAAUUCAAUGCAGGUAUUGUGCUUAGAUGAAAUAUUAAAUGCUCCAGACCACCUAAAGUCAAGAAUAGAACCAUUGCUUUUCAGAGGUGACUUUAGAGCAGAAAUAAUGUGAUUCGUGUCCACCCACUCUUGAAUACAAUUAAAUGAAGUAUAAAUGUUUGACAAAAUCCAUGUAUUGAACAGUAGUAACCCCCCUCAGUCUGCGGGGUAUUGCAUUGGUUGAGUUGAAAAUGAGGCGUUUUAAAGAAAACUUGUUUUAAAAUGACUACUGUCCACAGGUGUCAACAAAUGCUUGAUGCUUUACUGUUUUUUUGUUUGUUGGACUGAACCAAAAGUCUCAUGCAUGCUAAAGGAAGUGCUCUUUUGAGUGUCGUGUGGGAGUUAAUGGUAGACUCUUGCUCUCUCCUCAGUGUGUGAACGCUUCAGUAUACAAUAGUGAUUGUAUAAUCAUAUUUUGGGGCAGAGAGUGAUGUUGGGGUCCUAACCCUAGUUCACAGUGCAGCCUAAGUUACCCUAUUCCUUGUGAUCCUGCCUUAGCUUGCAGAGUCCUAAAGUUAUAGGAAUGAGCUCUUGACUAUACAAACACACACACAGGAUUUGGCUUUACAUAAUUUGUCAGGAACGUUCACCAGGGAGAAUAAUUUCAGUGUGUAAGGCACCAGGGGAGAUUUGAGUUCUUCCUAGACUCUUGGACUUAGAAAGUGUGUCUCAUUCCAGACUGAGUUAGCUGCUAUGCACAUUGAAAUUAAGUGUUAGGUAAAUAGGGAGGUCUUUGCAUGUAAUCUAGUGGGUCUCACCUGGAAAGCUUGGGCUUCUAAAGCAGUGAAUGGUUAGCAAAACUAGGCUGGCUUUGUUUUUUGUGGUGCUAAGGAUCCUAAACCACACUGCCCUGCUUCAGAUAACACCUAAUUCAGGAAUAUCAAGAAAGCACUUAAAAUGGUUCUGCUACCAUACCACUACUUGCUAGUUACUUUCUCAGGAUGAGUCUUAGAACUUGAAUGAAACAAUGAAUUUGGUUGCCUGAAGCUACCUUAGAGGCCAAGAUCUGUAGCUUUGUUUUUGAUCUUGAAAUGGACUCCCUUUGUACCCUAGGCUGGUCUUGAACUGGUGGUAAUCAUGUUUGAGACUGCCAACUGUAGUUGUAACAGCCAGGCUGUCUUAGACUCCCACCAUCAGCAUUUUAAGUGUUGAGUUACAGAUGUGAGCUGCCAUGCCUCACUUAAGAUCUCUAACUUUCACAUAAAGUAAUUGGAGGUGUUCUUCUGAGUUAGGUUUUCUUGAAAGAUGUCUACAUUAAAGUUCCUGUUAACUCUGGACAGGGAAAUGCCAAUUAAAAUAGCAAAAUGCUAAUCAUCUGGCUUUGUUUUUAUAUGUUCUUAGGGUUUCAAUAUGGAUAUAUGAAAUUUCAGUUUGUCCCAUAUCCACCACGUGAAAUGUGUGUAUUUUAGUUCUUUAUUCUCUGUAAAUACCUGCUUAUUAUGUACAAAUUCAUGUGUCUUCAUUUGAAAUAAUUCUUAAAGUGGGUGCCAUCUGUAGUAUUAGGUCUUAGCUUUGGAGAGGUAACUCAGCAACUGGCUGUGCUUGGUGCUCUUCCUUAGGAACUCCUAACACUUAGGACACACUACACAUGGCUGCCACCAAGCCUAACCUGGACUUGAUCCCCAGGACCCAGAGAACUGCUUAUCCUUUGACUUGUAUGCAAGCAUUCACAAUAUAAAACUAAAACUUGCGAGUCCUGUUUUUAUAUUCCCUUAGACUACAUUUCUUUCUGUCCAAGUAAAAAUGAGUUUUGUAGAGUAAAUGUAAAUCCAUCUUGAUCAUGGCAGCUAGGUGCGCUUCUUUUUAGAAGAGAUGCAUUCUUCACAUGUCAGGUUUGAGGCAGGGUCCACAUAUACUCAUGGCUGUCCUGGACCUGUCCAUGUAAGCUGGGCUAUUAAUUUUGAGAUUAGAAUGGUGAGUGCUGGAAUUAAAGGUGCGGGCCACAUGAGAUACUUAUUAGUACCAAGCUGAAGAAAAUUUUAAAUUACUUUUAAGAAAAUUGAUACUCUUGAAUAUUUCCUUCAGAUUUUGUUUGCAAAAAGAAUUUCUAGGUUUUAGCUAGGCAUCUAGGGCUUUGACCUUCUAAUUCCUGCACUCCAGAAUGAGGAUGGCAGCAAGUUUCAAGCCAGCCUGGUUUGUUGUAGGAAGCCUUUAUGAUUUGGGGUUAUUUGUAUCUGGGGUGGCGAAACAUACAAAAGCAGUUCCAUAGUUAAUUUGCUAGUUUACUCAGAAUUAAUAGGAAAUCUUUCUAGUAUAUUUCAAAGUUCAGUCAAGGGCAGGAACUGUUAAUCAAAGUCUCCGAGUGUGUGUGUGUGUCAGCACUGGCUCAAACUGAAUUUCUCAAGCAGCCUGUGUGUAAAACCCAUGGCAAAUUUAAGUUCACUGGCCUUUAUUGCACACUUGUGUUUUCUUGUUCCUCCAUCACUAAAGAUUGAUUCAAACAUAUAGGUGAUGACAAUGCUUGAGGCUGUCUGUUGUGUCACAUUUUUGUAGUUUUAUGAAAGCCUUAGGUUUUGGUUUUGGUUUUAAUUCUUUGUCCACACCGAUGAGAAAAGUACUUCACCAGAAUGGUAUUUCUCGAGGAAGCCCCACCUAGGACUUAGGGCAUAUAUCUAAUAUAACUAUAUAAACUAUAUAGUGUACUAAGUGGCUUCUGACAUUAAGCUUUGGGGUUAUUGUUACUGUAAAGCCAUUCUGCAGUAGAAACGUAUUAAAGAAUGGUUACUCUGCUAUUUGUGUUACACAUUAUACAGAGGUAAACUAGAUACUUUUAGAGUGCCAUCUUUAGUUAUUCAGUUAACAUAAAUAUUAGAUUGUGUUGAAUAUCUAGGGUCACAACAGUUUUAACACUCCUAGAUAUAUAUCAGAAAUAUGAGAAAAAAUUGUCAGGUGAUACCUAUUUGAAACAUGUUCAAUCUACAUAUUGUGGUGUUGGCAUGGCUUUUAAGCAUUGGGUUGAUCAAGAGAAUAAGGCUUUGCGGUGAAUUAAAGAGUAGCUUAUCAAUUGUUACUUAAUAAAUUGAGAUCUGUAAUUAGCAGGCAGCCUGCAUUAUAACUGGUGUUCCUGCUGUGUAAAACAUAAGGACUAUGUAAUUCAAUACUAAGAGGAUUAUACAAGUAAAUACUAGAUGAAAAAUUAUAAAAGAGGGUUAUACUAUUACAUUCCUGGAGUGCUAGAACCAGGAUAUGAAAUAGAAAGGUCAAAGUAAGAUUGCCUUUAUUUAAUCAACCCUCAUCUGGCUCUAUCUCCCCUCAAAUUUUGUUCAGAAUUUUCUUAAAAGGUUUUCUGUGGUUUUAAUCAGAAUACUAGUAAUUUAAAUUUUUUCCAUGUUAAAGCCAUGGUUGUUUUUUAAUUUGGUUCUUCCAACACAAUUUAUUCAAUUUUACUUAACUUCUACCAGGUCUGGUUUAGGCUUAGCAAAAUGCAGUGUGUUGAAGCAAAACUUAGAAAUGGUGGGAAUUUGCUUACCCUAGGGAACAGGUCAUGUUCAGACUAGAGCACCCAGCACUGCAUGAGUUCAGUUGAUGCUUUUAAAGGCCGUACCUUCUUGGAAGGGAUGAUAAUGCAUGGCCAUAGCCAUGCCAUGAGCUACAGUUACUGAAAACAUCAGGAGCAAGUUGGUUAGGCUGACUUCCCACUAUCUAGCAGGGAACAAAUGCUGUGGUGUCUAAGUGCUGAGGUAGCCUAAAUUAUAUUCUAGCCAAACUAGAGUUUUUCUGACCAUCUUCUGGAGUAGGGAGGGUGUUUUUAAAAAGAUCUCUAUUAAAGUAUACCAGGAGGGACACUAUAUUUAUUAUAUACUUAUGGUUAUUAUAGGGCUAAUAACCAAAAAAAAGAACAUUUUAAAAUUUACUUACUCAAUAUACUGUUAACUGAGAAGGUUUGUACAAUGUUUUUAAUUCCUUAUACAGGUGCUGAAAUAGAAAUUUAAGUAUAUAUGUAACUUUAAAUUUCUUGAUAACCACAUCCUAAAUAAUAAAAAGGGUGAAAUUAGUUUUUGUGUAUUUUUACUUAGCCCAGUAUAUCCAAAGUCAUAUCAGUAUCCCAGCACUUGGGAGACAGUAGGCAGAUCUCUUGUCUGUUUGAGGCCAUCUUGGUUUAUAUGAGUCCCAGGCCAGGCUGAGCUGCACAGUGAGAUUUUACCUAAAAAUAAAGCCUGUGACUGCUUAACUUAAGUUACUUCCUCUUUUGCACCUUAGUGCCUUCAUCUGUAUAGAUUAAGUGAUGGUGUGGUUAAUGGGUUGAGUAGCAAACGCACUAUUAAAUGUAGUUAAAAUGUAGUAAGAAUUUACUAUGUCUCUUUAAAAUUGACAUAAACACACACAUACAUAUAUUUGUCUGUGUUUGUGUGGGUAUAUAUUAUGUUCAAGUGUACUCAGAGGCC